AUGUUGAUCGGAGUGGCUAUCGACGAAGAACACUGUAUAACCCAAUGGUAUGUGUCUUAUUCUCUUAUUCCUUUUUUAUUCAACGAUAUUCAAAUUGGCAAAUAACGAUUUUCAAAACAUGGUAAGACAAGUUUGUACGGUGUGAUUCACCGAAAUUUAACAUCCAUUCGAACAACUUGUUUACUAUAACUUAGGUACGAGUCAAAAUAAACUUCUUAUGGUCGGUCGGGUCGGUUAAAGGCCUUAAAAAAGUGUGGAAUUUUUUAUGAAUUGGCAUGAAAAUUUACAUACAGUUUUGGACAGAGGAUUGUCUGGUGUAGGAUCCCCCCCCGGAGGCAGUAAUAGUCAGUCGUGUUUUAAUAUUACCUUUCUUUCAUUUAAGGGUUAUUGUUCAUCCUUGUUGUAUUUUAAAGUUUUGUAUACAUGCAUAAUGCAAUGAGUCACUGUUAAAGUCAAUACUUGUAAAAAUUAGAACAUCAUCCCUAUAUAUACCAGUAUCUAAUCUACAAUCUCUGUACAGGGGCCUGUCUGGAUCCAAGAAGGUGCCUUUCAGGAAGUGGUAUGGUUGCCUAGGGGAGCUAAGGUCACUGGCUCCUUCAACAAGCCGGUUAAUAAUUCUAACUGCAACUGCAACAAAGGCAACGAAGAGGGAGAUUUUAACUUCACUGCAACUGGGAGAAGAUGACGUAAAGUUUGUUGAACAAAGUCCAAACAGACCCAAUCUAAAAUACAGUGUGCUGUAUUUGGACAAAAACGAGGCACUUCAAACUGCAUUUUCUGCCCUCAUCACAGAUUUGAAAAGCCAAGGUGCAAAGACCCAAAGAACCAUACUCUAUUGCCAGACAAGAAAGCAAUGCCAGAUUUUAUUUCGUGUUUUUGAGGUUUUCCUAGGUAAGAAUAUUUACCACGGGGAAACCAAACCUCAAAAUCGGAUUGUUGAAAUGUAUCAUGCAGGCACACCAAGCCGUGUUAAGGACCACAUUGUGGAGAACAUGGCUAAUGAGGAUGGUCAUUUAAGACUGUUAAUUUCAACCAUUGCAUUUGGGAUGGGCGUAAACUGCAAGAGAGUUAGGAGGAUCAUACAUUUUGGGCCCUCAAAAUCUGUAGAAAUGUACUUUCAGGAAUGUGGCAGGGCUGGCAGAGAUGGGCUGCCAAGCACUUGCAUUCUUCUAUACAAUGGUCUUCUAUCAACUCAUAGUGAGAAGGACGUGAAAGAAUAUCUCAGCAGCGGUGAGUGUCGUCGAAAAUGGUUGAUGAGCCAUUUUGGUUUCAGUAAUGAACUGCAAAGUGGUGAUCAUGCACAUUCUUGUUGUGACAUUUGCGCUACAGAUUGUGAGUGUGGAUCCGAGGAGUGCCCUGAUUUGUGGAGUCCUCGCAGAGACUCGGACAUGCAUCCAGAGAUAUGUAUUGCUUAUUCAGACAGAGAAAGUGAUUCUGUCACAAGGACACGUACAGUGUCUAGCAAGGACAAGAGGCUUUUAGAAAGGAAAUUACUAGAACUGCAUAUGAAUUUGUCAAAGCAAGUGCAAGUACAGACAAUGGUCUCCUGCCCUAAUAUAAUGUGUUACUUGAAUUUAAUUCAUUUCAUAUCAAGCAAAUUGUUCGCAAUUGUCAUGUUUUGUUUAGCCUCAGGGAUGUGA